GCGAGUACGCGUGCGGUACCCCGAGAGUGUGUGCGUGCACUCGAUGUGGGCUGACGAGAAGCCACGCGGAACGCGGUGGAAACGCGAGGACGACCUGGACGAGCCAGACGGAGCGGAGCGAGAGGCAUCGCGAGCAUCUUGGUCGCGCGUCGCGUCAGGCGCGAUAUGUUAGUCGAGAUACACGUUUGAGAGGGGCACUUGGCCGCGCGCGCGAUACGCGUACUUACAAUUAAGUGGAUUCGGUGGAUCAGGGUUGGGAGAGGGCAGAGGGGGGAACUGUGGAAAAGAGAGACCGAGAGUGGUGGAGGAGGGGGAGACGCAAAUGCGUCUGGCCGUGGCGCGACACACACGCGCCGCGACGGGAGCGACGGAGAUCGCGGGGGUGAGGGAGAGUAGAUAUAGCGUGGAGUAUAGUGUCGCGCCGCACCUGACAGUCCACGCGGCGGCCCGGCCCCCGAAAAACAAUCUCGCCACGCUAUAUACACGCGAGGACCGCGCCGUGUUUCACUCGGAACGCGAGCGCCAUUGGCAAUGUCGGGAAGUGACAGCCCAACAUUCUUUCACGGCCAGCCCUGGUCCAGCUGGAUCGAAAGAAUCGGACGGGACAAGCCGCUGAGCGAUGAAGAAACAGAAGUCCAGCGAUCAAGCUCAGUCACACGUCUUUCUUCAGAUGAUAUUGAUUUGUAUGGCUUUUGUCCAGAGAGGGAUGAUUUCUAUGGAGUAGUAUGUGAAAUAUGCAAUUCCAUAGUGAAACCGCAAGCUCUCAUUCAACAUAUAGAGUGUCGCCAUUCCGGCAUGGCAAAUUUUCCGCCACCCACGACCCCAGUCACAAAACCGUCCAUAAAAACUCCCUUCUGCAAGGUCUCCAAACUGAAGAGAAGCACUCAACCAUCAGUUCCUUCAGUUCCUUCUUCAAUUCCCAUUAUCGGUAGCGCGAAGCUGAACCACACGACCGUCAAGCGUACUGCGGAUCAGGCGAACUUGUCUGCAGGUAGCUCUCUGCCGAUCUCCUCGUCACCACGAUCGCCUCUUGAAUCGAUCACGGUACAAACUACCUCUUCUAACAUAGCUGGUUCUUCGAAUAUUAUCAGUGUAUCUACAAGCAGCGGAGGAAGUCCGAGCAAAAGCCCUGGUCCCAGCAGUAACAGUAGUAGCAAUCAGCCUCGUCGAAAGAGGCUUAAGACAGAUCGGUCGUUGCUUAAAGACCGCGAGUAUGAUCCCGAUCGGCACUGUGGUGUGUUGAACGAGGAGACUGGCAAGCCCUGCACCAGGUCGCUCACAUGCAAAGCGCACACUGUCUCGCUGCGCCGAACGGUCGUCGGUCGCAGCAAAACCUUCGACAAACUCCUCGCGGAACAUCGUGCCGCGAAGGAGCAGCCGAAUAGCGGCGGUAGCCGGCAGACAACGAAGGUGACGGUCUCUGGAACCGUCACUGUAUCCUCAGCCGUUACCGCCGCCGCCGCCGCCGCCGCUGCCGCCACCGCCGUAUCCAACCUGAAUAAUCCUCUUGCUCCUAACACUCCAGUACCUAUUGCCGACUCAGAAACGCCGAGCUCACCGCCUGUACUAUCGUUACCGGACACAUAUCCACUGCCAAAGGCUGUUGAUUUGCUUUAUCGGUGUCUGGCCCCGCAUGGCUCCACUAAACCUACCAAACUCGAAGAGGACUUUGUCAAUUCGGAGGAGCUGCGAAAUCUGGAGUCUACGCUGGUGGUCAAUUCUACCAUCGCUGGCAGCAGUAGUAGUAACAGCAGCAGCGGUUCGUCACAACAACAACCAAGUUCGAUGAUGGCACCGAUAUCCGUACUGCUACCAUCACUAUCCCCAUUACCGUGUACCAACAGUGAAGAGUCAUCAGGAAUAGCUACCCUGAUACCAAGUACUACCACGACGCCCACAAUGCCAGUCGUACCGGCACCACUGCCAACCACUUGCAUACAACCACCCACUGUAGUCGCCACUGUGCUCGAAGGCGAGACUCCUGUGGACAUCGAUGCCGAGACCAUAUCCAUGUACUCGCCCAUUUACACCACCAAAGACACUAAAUCUCAGCUACUAAUGCAGAUACAGUCACGGCCAAAUAGUCAUUCGUCACAGUCGCCAAUGUCAGUCAGGAACUAUCAGCAAAUGCAAGUUUCCUUGCCGAGUCUGAAUUUGUUCGAGCCGGUGGAGCAGCUGGAGCAACAGCAUAUCAGUCAAAUCAACGGCAAGAGACUGAAUCAUGCGAGCUCGGUAUCGCGGCAACAAAAAAGGCACAAGUCACAACAUGAGCAAUUGUGCCAAUCGUCGCAAGAUUUUUCAACGUCUGCGUCGAUCCAGGUCGAAGCGACGACCACGUCGUCGCCAUAUCCUCACUUUGGCGACAUCUCCUGGUCGAAUUGCCAUCCGGAACCAUUGGCGGUUAGUCGGUGGCUCCGUAUCUCUUCCAGCCGCAAACAAUACAACUUCAAUAUUCACUGACAUAAGACCCCACCCACUCCGGGCUGAGGACCGUGUGCCGCGGGCGUCGUUCGUCUACCUCUUUAUCUUCAUGCGACCCCCUUUUUCUUCAC